UCCUCAACCCCCAAUUUUGCAAAACCCUAACGACAAAAUUUUGGUUCUCUGUACUUUGUCGCUGCUUCAACUCUCCGAUCACAUUUUUCGCCAUCGCAACUGACUUCACGAACAGUAUGAGUCGCUACGACAGUCGCACCGGCGAUCCCGCUUCCUAUCGGGACCGUCGAAGUGACUCAGGGUUUGGUGGGGCUUCAGCAUAUGGCAGCUCGGCAGCUCAUGGAUCAAGCAGAAGAGAUUAUGAUGAUCCUGGAUCACCACGGAAGCAAGAUUUGGCCGGGUUGACUCCCUUUGAGAAGAACUUCUAUGUCGAGUCCCCUGCGGUGGCAGCCAUGACUGAGGCAGAAGUGGAAGAAUAUCGGCAGGGGGGGGGAAACACCGUUGAAGGCCGAGAUAUUCCAAAGCCUGUAAAAACUUUUCAUGAUGUUGGGUUUCCUGACUAUGUCAUGGAAGAGAUAGUGAAGGCCGGUUUUUCUGAACCUACACCUAUACAAUCUCAGGGGUGGCCAAUGGCGUUGAAAGGGCGUGACCUAAUUGGCAUUGCUGAAACUGGAUCUGGAAAGACUAUUUCAUAUUUACUACCAGCAAUAGUCCAUGUCAAUGCCCAACCAAUUUUAGCUCUAGGGGAUGGCCCAAUCGUCUUAGUUCUUGCUCCUACCCGUGAACUUGCAGUGCAAAUCCAACAAGAGGCAUCUAAAUUUGGUUCAUCAUCGAAGAUUAAGAGCACUUGCAUCUAUGGCGGAGUUCCAAAAGGACCUCAAGUUCGUGAUCUCCAGAAAGGUGUUGAAAUCGUUAUAGCUACUCCUGGGAGGUUAAUAGACAUGUUGGAGUCAAACCACACUAACUUACGGAGGGUUACUUACCUUGUUUUGGAUGAGGCCGAUAGGAUGCUAGAUAUGGGAUUUGAGCCUCAGAUACGGAAAAUCGUUUCACAGAUUCGGCCAGACCGUCAGACUUUGUACUGGAGUGCUACUUGGCCUAAGGAGGUGGAGCAAUUGGCUAAGAAAUUUCUUUAUAAUCCAUAUAAAGUGCUUAUAGGAUCUUCUGAUUUAAAAGCUAAUCGUGCAAUCCGACAACUUGUUGAUGUUGUUUCCGAAAACCAAAAAUAUAACAAGUUGGUGAAAUUGCUCGAAGACAUAAUGGAUGGAAGCAGAAUACUCAUCUUUCUUGAUACAAAAAAGGGUUGUGAUCAGAUAACUCGGCAGCUCCGGAUGGAUGGGUGGCCUGCUCUGUCAAUUCAUGGAGAUAAAAGUCAAGCCGAGAGGGAUUGGGUUCUGUCAGAGUUCAGAUCGGGGAAAAGUCCUAUAAUGACUGCCACGGAUGUUGCAGCUCGCGGGUUAGAUGUGAAAGAUGUGAAGUACGUGAUAAACUACGACUUUCCGGGAUCCCUGGAGGAUUAUGUUCAUCGGAUUGGACGGACUGGUAGGGCAGGAGCCAAAGGAACAGCCUACACUUUCUUCACGGCUGCAAACGCAAGAUUUGCUAAAGAACUUAUUAGCAUUCUCGAAGAAGCUGGACAGAGGGUCAGCCCUGAGUUGGCCGCCAUGGGCCGUGGAGCCCCUCCUCCUCCUCCAGGAGGGUUCCGAGAUCGUGGGAGUAGAUACGGCAGCGGACGAGGUUGGAGCUGAUUGGUGAUCCCAUGUGUCUGAUACCUUUUGGCUUGUAGAUGUUCUUUCCUUGGUCUUUGAUCAUGUAAGACGAGCAAAUUAGCAUUUCGGACAAAAUGUCAAAAAUGUUUCUCUCUGUCGUAAAAUUUAUUUUCCUUAGCGGCUUCGGUCGUAUGAUAUUGGGGGGAUAAAUUUAAAAUGUAAUGUCAUAUCCGUUUCUUACAUUGUGUGCAGUGCACACUUAAAUGUUUUAGAUUAUCCGUAUUAAUAAAGUCCAAUUCAUUAUCA